CCUUUGGCCACCGACAUUGUUUCCGGCCAUCUCUGCCGGUGGCAAUCAUAUCAGCAUCUUCGUCGCUGAACUCUCUUUCCAAAGCUUGAAGUUUCAAGUUCUAUUGCUCACUGCACGCGGCGAAUCAAAGUAGAUAACUCUUUUCAGGUUUCCAGCCGCCUUUCCGAUUUCCGGCCAAGUUAUUGACUUUCCUCCGAAACCCUAAGGGACAAUUAUACAAAACUAAGGAGGCUUGCUGAGCUGCAGAGGAACUCGUUGAAGAAAAGGAUAGUUGGGCCUAAUAUUUGGAACAUGGGCAAGAGGGAGAAGCAAGCAAGCAAAUUCCGUUGGGAUGAAUUAAGUGAAGGAGAAGAAGAAUUAGCUACUAGGAAGGAUAGAAAGACCUUGAAAUCUGUGGUACAAAUCAGUAGCGAUGAAGAUGAGGCCAAUGAAGAUCUCAGCCUCAAAAUAGUCGAAAAAGCUUUGCGUAUGCGAAAAGCCAGGCUGGCCACAGAGAAUGACUCAAUUGCUUCCGACACAGGUGGUUUGGUUGGACUGCUUUCUUCGUCUUCUUCACAAGUCUCCGAAGUUGAGGCACCAGUUUUGGAGACUAAGAAAGUAGUUAAGAAGGAUAGGGUGGGGAAGAGUAAAAAGAGGAAAGUUGAAGAUCCAACUGUGAAUUUUGCUAUAGAAGAAGUGAAGGUAGAUGAAGAUAGAGCUGUAGAUGAGACAAUUGAACUGAAAAAUGGUCAGAUCACAGACAAUAUUGUGCUGCGAAAACUUCUUCGGGGACCAAGGUAUUUUGAUCCUCCAGAUAAGAGUUGGGGCGCAUGCUUUAACUGUGGUGAAGAAGGACAUGCAGCAGUAAACUGUACCGUAGCUAAGCGGAAGAAGCCAUGCUUUGUUUGUGGCAGUUUGGAACACAAUGCCAAGCAAUGUGGAAAGGGACAAGAUUGCUUUAUCUGCAAAAAAGGUGGACAUCAUGCUAAAAAUUGUCCAGAGAAGUACAAUGUCAGUUCAUUGACUUCCAAAAUAUGUCUAAGAUGUGGAGAUUCUGGGCAUGAAAUGUAUUUAUGCAGGAAGGAUUACCCAUCUGAUGACCUCAAGGAAAUCCAAUGUUAUGUGUGCAAGACAUUUGGUCAUUUAUGUUGUGUCAAGUGUGAUGAUAACAGUCGUAAGGAAAUAUCUUGUUACAAAUGUGGUCAACUGGGUCAUACUGGUAUGGCAUGCAUAGGUUUACGUGGUGGGGAAGCUACUGUUUCUGAAUCCCCUCGUUUAUGCUACAAGUGUGGUGAAGGUGGUCAUUUUGCUCGGGAAUGCAGAACCUCCAACAAUGCUCGUAAGAGGUAUGGUGAGUUUUCUAAUGCAUCUACUCCUACUUUGAGACCUCAUAAAGAAAAGAAAGACUACAUGGGAUUCUAUUCUGCUCCUAAUGAUCUAAAAAGGAAACAUACCCACUAUGAUGAAAGAGGUUUUGCAACUCCACAAAAAGCAAAACAUAGAGGUGGGUGGAUAGUGGAUGAUCCCGACGACUUCUCCCCCAGGAAAGGCCAGAAGAACGGCUGGAAGUCACCUGUAACACCGUCUAGUAGGAGCCAUAGGAUUUCAAGUUCGGCUGCAAGCGGUCAUGCUUCAAGUUCUAGAUCCUCUAAAAAGUCAUGGAAGGCUUCUGAAGGUCCUUCUACCUCACAAGGAUCAUAUAGGCCUGUUCAGCACAGAUAUUCUGCUCAGAGGUUUGACAACUCUGUUACUGAUGGUUAUAGAAGAAAUAGCGAGUGGUGGUAGGCAAAGAAGAUGCUAUUUAUACACAAGUCUCAAUAGGGUUCAUGUACAAGCUUUGCGUGCACAACAACCCAGGUUUGGCUGCAGGUUAUUGUAUUGUCAUCAUGUUCUUAGUAUCCAUAGGUCCAAGUUUAGGAUCUUUUUAAGUGUGUUCUUUCUGUAUUCGCUUUAAAUGUAGCGCCGCAUCUUGAUUC